CUGCAAACGAAAGAAUCAGAAGUCGGUGAAGUACGAAUACGAGGUAAAUCGAAAGCUUCCACAGUUGGCAAUGAGAGUGCGAAGAAGAAAGUGACAGUUACGUUGAAUGAUUGUUUAGCAUGCAGUGGCUGCAUUACAAGCGCCGAAACAGUACUCAUCAAAGAGCAAUCAAAGCCGAAAUUUUUGGAAGGUCUGAAGCAUGCGAAGUUAUCUGUUUUAACAAUUUCGCCUCAGUCGAUUGCAUCGAUUGCAUACAGACGUGGCAUUCACUGGUCGGAGACAGCGAAACUGAUUGCAAGGAUAUUCAAGUCGCUGGGAGUGCAUUAUGUGGUGGAUUCGAGCUUCGGACGACUCUUAACACUGUCACUUUCAUACGAAGAGUUUAAGCGGCUACCACCAGAAAAACAACCAAUUUUCAGCGGAAUUUGUCCAGGAUUCGUGUGUUAUGCCGAAAAAACUCAUGGCACUUUGCUAGUCCCGCACAUCAGCUGUGUACGAUCUCCACAAGCGAUGAUGGGUGCUCUUGUCAAAGAUUAUCUGGCAAGGAAGCUCGAUAUAAAACCUGAGGACAUUUUCCAUGCCGCCGUUAUGCCAUGUUUCGAUAAGAAGCUCGAAGCUUCCCGGCCCGAUUUUGGAACGAACUAUCGUGAAGUUGAUUGUGUCUUGAGCACAAGUUAGUC